UCACUCUUGACAGUAAUAUAUGUUGUAUAUGUAAAUCCUAGAUAUGACAAUAUGCGGAAUUCAUCCAUGAAAAUGAAAAACAAGGGGGGGUUGAUAUCGAUGGGACGCAUAACCGGAUAUGCUAAAAUGAAAAUAUGAAAAAAAAAGGCUAAUGAGAUCGAAAUAAUGAAUCAUAAAUAGAGUUCCAUUUCGGAAUUGGCUAGAUAAAACAAAGUCUUGCCUAUUAUGACAAAUAAAUCAAAGACUUUCCACAAAAAUUUUUUUUAUUCAUAUAUUUUUUAUUUUAAAACUAGGUUUUGGUUAGUUGAGCUUGAAAACGACUAUUCCUUCAUUGAAAUUUAAUUAAGUAAAAAAUUGAAUUGCAUAUUCGCUUGGGUGGUACCAAUGAAAUCGAGUGCUUACUCCCAUUUAUUAUUGAAUUAACCAAUGAAUUUACUAUCGAAGAUUUUUUCUGUAUUCGAAAAAUUUCGCAACAAAAUUGAACAUAUUUUUAUUAUGAGAAUAAAUCCUACUACUUCGGAUCCAGCGGUUUCAAUACGUGAAAAAAACAACCUGGGACGUAUUGCCCAAAUCAUUGGUCCGGUACUGGAUGUAGCCUUUCCCCCGGGCAAGAUGCCUAAUAUUUACAAUGCUCUGGUGGUUAAGGGUCGAGAUACGCUUGGUCAAGAAAUUAAUGUGACUUGUGAAGUACAGCAAUUAUUAGGAAACAACCGAGUUAGAGCUGUAGCUAUGAGCGCGACCGAGGGUUUAAAGAGAGGGAUGGACGUGGUUGAUAUGGGAAAUCCUCUAAGUGUUCCAGUCGGCGGAGCGACUCUAGGACGAAUUUUCAAUGUACUUGGGGAACCUGUUGAUAAUUUAGGUCCUGUCGAUACUCUCACAACAUCUCCUAUCCAUAAAUCCGCGCCUGCUUUUAUAGACUUAGAUACAACCUUAUCUAUUUUUGAAACAGGAAUUAAAGUAGUAGAUCUUUUGGCCCCUUAUCGUCGUGGGGGAAAAAUCGGACUAUUCGGUGGGGCUGGCGUGGGUAAAACAGUACUAAUUAUGGAAUUGAUCAACAACAUUGCCAAAGCUCAUGGUGGUGUAUCCGUAUUUGGUGGAGUAGGCGAACGAACUCGUGAAGGAAAUGAUCUUUACAUGGAAAUGAAAGAAUCUGGAGUCAUUAAUGAACUAAACCUUGCGGACUCCAAAGUAGCCCUAGUCUACGGUCAGAUGAAUGAACCGCCGGGAGCUCGUAUGAGAGUUGGUCUGACUGCCUUAACUAUGGCAGAAUAUUUCCGAGAUGUUAAUGAGCAAGACGUACUUCUAUUUAUCGACAAUAUCUUCCGUUUUGUACAAGCAGGAUCCGAGGUAUCCGCUUUAUUGGGUAGAAUGCCUUCUGCUGUGGGUUACCAACCCACCCUUAGUACCGAAAUGGGUUCUUUACAAGAAAGAAUUACUUCUACGAAAAAAGGGUCCAUAACCUCUAUUCAAGCAGUUUAUGUACCUGCAGACGAUUUGACUGACCCUGCUCCUGCCACCACAUUUGCACAUUUAGAUGCGACUACCGUACUAUCAAGAGGAUUAGCUGCUAAAGGUAUCUAUCCAGCGGUAGAUCCUUUAGAUUCAACGUCAACUAUGCUACAACCUCGAAUCGUUGGCGAGGAACAUUAUGAAACUGCGCAACAAGUAAAGCAAACUUUACAACGUUACAAGGAGCUUCAGGACAUUAUAGCUAUCCUGGGGUUGGACGAAUUAUCCGAAGAGGAUCGCUUAACCGUCGCAAGAGCACGAAAGAUUGAGCGUUUCUUAUCACAACCUUUUUUCGUAGCAGAAGUAUUUACAGGUUCUCCGGGAAAAUAUGUUGGGCUAGCGGAAACAAUUAGAGGGUUUAAUUUGAUCCUUUCCGGAGAAUUUGAUUCUCUUCCUGAACAGGCCUUUUACUUAGUGGGUAACAUCGAUGAAGCUACUGCGAAGGCUACGAACUUAGAAAUGGAGAGUAAAUUGAAGAAAUGACCUUAAAUCUUUGUGUACUGACUCCGAAUCGAAUUGUUUGGGAUUCAGAAGUAAAAGAAAUCAUUUUAUCUACUAAUAGUGGACAAAUUGGCGUAUUACCAAAUCACGCGCCGAUUGCCACAGCUGUUGAUAUAGGUAUUUUGAAAAUACGCCUUAAUAACCAAUGGUUAACAAUGGCUCUGAUGGGCGGUUUUGCUAGAAUAGGCAAUAAUGAAAUUACUAUUUUAGUAAAUGAUGCAGAGAAGAAUAGUGACAUUGAUCCACAAGAAGCUCAGCAAACUCUUGAAAUAGCAGAGGCGAACUUGAGAAAAGCUGAAGGCAAGAGACAAACAAUUGAGGCUAAUCUAGCUCUCAGACGAGCUCGGACACGCGUCGAGGCUCUCAAUACGAUUUGAUUUUGUAACUAGCUGACGUAUAAAAAAAUAGGAUCCAAAAGCGAGAAAAAAAAAAAAAAAAAGCUGGCUACAAAAACUUAUUAGACACCAUUGAUCAUGGUGUCUAAUAAGUUAUACCUACUAUUGGAUUUGAACCAAUGACUCCUGCCGUAUGAAAGCAAUACUCUAACCACUGAGUUAAGUAGGUUAUUUAUCAUCGUAAAGAGAAGGCACGGGGAUACUUAUCACAUCGAUAGGAUUAUAAAUCCAAUAUUAUUUCUAAGCAAUACCAAUAAACAACGAGAUGAAAGAGAUAUAAUGUUCGAUCAUAUAAUAUUAAUCUUGACAAGAAAUUAUCUACAUGAUAAGAUAAGAUAAAAUGUGGAUCAUAAACACAAGGGCUAUAGCUCAGUUAGGUAGAGCACCUCGUUUACACGUGCGCCAAAGUUUUUCAGAGGAGUCCAUCACGCAAUCAAACCAAUUGAUUGAUCUUAUUAAUAAAUCGAUGUCUUACUCCAUGACUUUUUUUUAGGAAAAAGAGGAGAACAAUAGCCUGACAUUAGGUCCUAUUAAAGUACCCCAUUUCGGUAGGGAAUUAAUAGAACCCAUCAUUGAUUUGAGAUAUUGAUAGGGUGAAUACCCAGUCUACUUAAUGCUAGGCAGAAUGAGUAUAAGGAACUCAAAAAUGAUCUUUUCGUCCUAUGAACCUUAAGGUGUAGCAAGUUUCAUAUUUGAUUUUUUAAUCAGGAUGUUAGAGACUAUAUUUAACUUAAGUUGAUCUAGACCAAAAGCAAACCUACGUCAAGAGAACCCUUCUUUGAAACACUUUGGUAGUUAUUCUGUAUUGUAUUAGAAUUAAAAAAUAAUCAAUCAGAGUACUUGGAACCAUUUCUUAUCUUUUUUUUUUAAGAAAAAAUAUGGUAGACUAACUGAUCUUUCUAUCAGUUAAUGAAAGAGCCCAAUGCAAAAAAAAUGCAUGUUGGGUCUUUGAAAGAGUUCGAAUCAUUUUGAUAAUAAUAAGUUCGAGCUCUUUUACCGAGCAGGUCUACGGUUCGAAUCCGUAUAGCCCUAACUAAUAAAUUUAUUCUAAUAAAUGACAUUCAAAUCCAAAUAAUUGGAUAAUUUUUGACUUUUUAUUGUAUUCUUUAUUUCUAACUGGUUACUUUCAAUUUGUUGGUUCAUAAAAAAAACUCCCAGACCCUAAACCAUAAGUCCUGGGGGUCGUUCAGAAUAAAACGGAAAACCAAAUUUGAUUUCAUUUGAUUUCAGUGGAUCCAAUCACUAUCUAUAGAUAUAUCUAGAUAGAUACUUAUAAUUUAGAAUAAACGUUUUUUAUUCAUUCAUUUUCAUAGUCGUAAGUGGAUUUUUUGAUACGUCAUAAUUUUAAAAACGAAGAUAUUUUUAUCAAUUUGUUUUAUUUUUAAAUAAAACAUAAAGCAAAUUUAAGAAACAGAAAUAAAAAAAAUUACUAGUUAUUAAUCAUAUUAAUAUUAUAUUAUUAAUAUGAGAAACUAUUAGUAAUAGAAACAUGGAAAUAUUAAGUAAUAAGUGUACUGAAAAUAAGAUUACAAUCAAUAAAUCUUAAAAGGAGACGUCUACCACAGCAACCAAACGAAAAUAAAUGAUUCGAUUAACCUGAAUUUUUGUUUUGACGCAAGAGUUAUAUAUACCUUGCCCAAUCCACUCCGAUUGGAAUUGACUAAGCGGGUAUUUUUUCCACAUUCAUAGGAGUUCGUCUAUGUUUCUGCUUUACGAAUAUGAUAUUUUCUGGGCAUUUUUAAUAAUAUCAAGUGCUAUUCCUGUUUUGGCAUUUCUAAUUUCCGGGGUUUUAUCUCCAAUUACGAAGGGGCCGGAGAAACUUUCUAGUUAUGAAUCAGGUAUAGAACCGAUCGGGGAUGCUUGGUUACAAUUUAGAAUCCGUUAUUAUAUGUUUGCUCUAGUUUUUGUUGUUUUUGAUGUUGAAACCGUUUUUCUGUAUCCGUGGGCAAUGAGUUUCGAUGUACUAGGGGUAUCCGCUUUUAUAGAAGCUUUCAUUUUCGUGCUUAUCCUAAUUCUUGGUUUAGUUUAUGCAUGGCGAAAAGGAGCGUUGGAAUGGUCUUAGUUCGUUUCCUGAAUACUUGUACAAUAACAAUAAAAAAAAAGUAAAAAAAAACCAUUGAAACAAUUAUGAAUUCCAUUAAGUUUCCCGUACUUGAUCGAACAACAAAAAACUCAGUUAUUUCAACUACGUUAAAUGAUCUUUCAAAUUGGUCAAGACUUUCCAGCCUAUGGCCGCUUCUUUAUGGUACCAGUUGUUGUUUUAUUGAAUUUGCCUCAUUAAUAGGCUCCCGAUUUGACUUUGAUCGUUAUGGGCUAGUACCAAGAUCAAGUCCUAGACAGGCGGACCUUAUUUUAACAGCAGGUACAGUAACAAUGAAAAUGGCUCCUUCUUUAGUGAGAUUAUAUGAACAAAUGCCUGAACCAAAGUAUGUUAUUGCUAUGGGAGCGUGUACAAUUACAGGGGGGAUGUUCAGUACCGAUUCUUAUAGUACUGUUCGAGGGGUUGAUAAGCUAAUUCCUGUAGAUGUCUAUUUGCCGGGUUGUCCACCUAAACCAGAGGCUGUUAUAGACGCUAUAACAAAGCUUCGUAAGAAAAUAGCUAGAGAAAUCUAUAAGGAUCGAAUUAGACCUCAACGGGGUAAUCGGUGUUUUACUACCAAUCACAAGUUUUUUGUUGUACGCAGUACACAGACUGGAAAUUAUGAUCAAGAAUUACUCUAUCCACCAUCAUCUACUUCAGAGAUCUCUACUGAAACAUUUUUUAAAUACAAAAGCCCAGUAUCUUCCCACGAAUUAGUGAAUUAGGGAGGAUUUGAGAGAAUAAGAAAAAAAUCUUCAUAAAUUAGAACUCAUGGUAAAUGUGAAAUACUUAAAUUUAUAUAAAAAAGGUGUGGGGGAAAUAAAAAAGAUGCAGGGCACUUUGUCCGUUUGGCUAGCCAAACGCGGGCUGGUUCAUAGAUCGUUGGGCUUCGAUUACCAAGGAAUAGAGACUUUACAAAUAAAGCCCGAAGAUUGGCAUUCUAUUGCUGUAAUUUUAUAUGUAUAUGGUUACAAUUAUUUACGUUCCCAAUGUGCCUAUGAUGUGGCACCAGGUGGCCUCUUAGCCAGUGUGUAUCAUCUUACGAGAAUAGAAUAUGGUGUCAAUCAAGCGGAAGAAGUUUGCAUAAAAGUAUUUACUCACAGGAGUAAUCCCAGAAUUCCAUCUGUUUUCUGGGUUUGGAAAAGUACGGAUUUUCAAGAACGGGAAUCUUAUGAUAUGUUAGGAAUCACUUAUGAUAGCCAUCCGCGGCUGAAACGGAUCUUAAUGCCCGAAAGUUGGAUAGGGUGGCCUUUACGUAAGGAUUAUAUUGCCCCCAAUUUUUAUGAAAUACAAGAUGCUUAUUGAAUGAUAAAAAAUUUGAAUGAUAAAAAUGAGUCUUAGUUUCUACAACUACGGACCUUCGCGGAAUAUUUUGAAUUCGAGUCGUUUUUAGAUCAAACAAACAGAAGAAUUAAGGUCUUAUUCAUAUUAUUAUAGAUAGCUUAAUCUCCAAUUUGAAAGAUACUUUUUUCCUAAAAGCCGAGCCAAUAGGAUGAACUAAAAAAAAAAAAAGAGUUCUGCAUUAUGAACUUUGUAUCGCGCACAUAACUUAGUCAACUUUAGUCACAUAACUGGGAAUGAAUAAAUAAGAUUGGAAAGCAAUACAAUAAAUGGGGGGGUUAAAAUUCUAUUUCUAUUGUAUCUAAUCUAAUGAAUCUUGGGGGUAUUUCUGCCCUUCAACGAUAGAUACUAUAGAUAGAUAUAGAUAGAUAGAUAUAGAUCUUUUUUUUUUUACUUUUUUUUAUUCUUUCAACCAGAACUUUCCUUUCGAAUAUGUAUUAGGUAUAAAGUCUUAUACAUUUUUUUUGAACGGAUGGAUCCACAACAUGAACAAAAAAGAGAGGGGGAUAAAGGAUUAUUGCACUUUUUUUACUAAAGAUACGUUUAAUUUGAAGACUAUAAACUUAUCAAAAUUAAUCAAUCCUAUGCCAAGAACCAGAUUUGAACUGGUGACACGAGGAUUUUCAGUCCUCUGCUCUACCAACUGAGCUAUCCCGGCCAUUACCGAAGUAUCAUUCUCAUUUUAUGAGAUGACUUAGGUCUAUGUCAAUUAAAAGAAACGCAAAAGUAGUAAAUGAAAAAAGUUUUGGACCGGGAAUUUAUUGGAUCUUCGAAAAGAAGACUUUCUAAGUUUUAGAAUGAAAAAUUAUUUAGAUUCGAAAUAAUUCAAAUCGAUAGUUCUUUCUCAUUUGUAUAUGUAUGAUAUAUCCCACAAGACUUGUAUAUAAUAAGAAAAGAAAUUCGAGUUUGUAAAAGUGUCGGAUGAAUGAAAAAAGAUCAAUGAAUUCUUGAAUAACUAAAAAAAGGGUAAGGUGUCAAACAGACUUUUUUAGGGAGUAGGGUUGGGGAUAGAGGGACUUGAACCCUCACGAUUUUAAAAGUCAACGGAUUUUCAUCUUACUAUAAAUUUCAUUGUUGUCAGUAUUGACAUGUAGAAUGGGACUCUAUCUUUAUUCUCGUCCGAUUAAUAAGUUCCACCAAGGAUCUAUCAGACUAUGAAGUGAAUCGUUUGAUUCAACACAAGGGAUUGAACUCCAUUUGUUAGAACAGCUUCCAUUGAGUCUCUGCACCUAUCCCGCUUUCUAAACUCUGGUUUGUUCGCGUAACCCAGGAUUUGGCUCAGGAUUGCCCAUUGUUAAUUCCAGGGUUUCUCUGAAUUUGAAAGUUAUCACUUAGUAGGUUUCCAUACCAAGGCUCAAUCCAAUUAAGUCCGUAGCGUCUACCAAUUCCGCCAUAUCCCCCUUUUUGCUUUGAGAUUAGGAUCUCAUUAUGAUGUCUUUCCACUUUUUCUUAUGACGAAACCUUGGAAUUCAUUACAUACAGAUACUUAUUUUAUUUCUUUGGUAUCUUCUUGCAUUUUUUUUAGCCCCAUCCAUAUUGAUUUAGUUUAAUCAACAAAGAUUCUAUCAUUUUUGUAUUUGCAAUUCAAUAUGGUUAUAUAUUAGAGAACAUAUAUAUGUUCUUCCUUUUCUCAUCGUUGUCUUCAAUUUUAAGAAAUAGUCGAACGGUCGAUUCGUUUUUUUUACUUCCAUGAAAAGAAAUUUAUGAUCAUUAUUGAAACUUAGAAUUCUACAAUGUGCAAUGUAAAAAGAUUAUAAGUCUACUUCGUAGAUUUGAAAUUCGAAUAAUUCUAAAAAAGUAUAUUCGAAAUGAAUAUUCGAAUAUUCAUUCUAAUAAUUUAAUUCUAUAAAAUAAUAAAGAAUAUAAAAAGAGAAAAAGUAUCAAAUAAUAAUAAUUGCAUGAGGUUAGAACAAAAAAACCAAGAAUUUCAAAUCAGAUAUCAUUUAACUUUAAAAAAAAAGCUUUCCGGUCUAAUUAAAAUUUUCUUAUUUAGAAACUCAUGAAAUCAAAAUUAGAAAGUCGAUAUAUUGCUAUAUUAUAUUAAUUCAUUAAGGUUUUGUUUUAUUUAUUUAAUGAUAGUCACUAUUUAUUUGAGCUAUAUUCUGUUCUAGAAUAUCGAAAAUAUGAUGAAUUCUAAAUAGAUAAGGAAAAAUAUGAAUAGAAUAGUUAAUUAAUACGAUCUAGUAGUUUAGUGAAUUUGUAUACACUAUUUUAGUUGAGCCCGCUUAGCUCAGAGGUUAGAGCAUCGCAUUUGUAAUGCGAUGGUCAUCGGUUCGAUUCCGAUAGCCGGCUUUUACAUAGUUUUUCAUUUUUUUUACAUGAUUUUUAAUGUACUUUCAAAAAAAAAUAAGAUUGAAAAGACUUCUUUCACCUUUUUCCAAGAGUUACCACGCCAUUUAUAUUAUGUCAUAUAAACUUCCAUAUAGGAAUAUAUAUUGGGGUAAAAGGGUUAGAUCUUGGCAAAAUAAAUGAAGAAAAUAAAGGAAAAUUUUUGUGAUUUAUUGAUUUAUAUAUAUUGUAUAUACAAUAAAAAAAAUCUGUAUAUUGAGAGAAUAUAUCUUCUGACUCUUUGUAUUCCAAUAGUUUAUUGGAGUGGAUUUUACGUUAUUUAUCAUUAUCAUUUAGUUCAGUUUUAAUUUUGUUUAGUUUUUGUACAAUUUCAAUAAAAAAAGGAGUCUUUAUGUCACGUUACCGAGGGCCUCGUUUUAAAAAAAUACGCCGUCUGGGGGCUUUACCGGGACUAACUAGUAAAAGGCCUAGGGCAGGAAGCGAUCUUAGAAACCAAUCACGCUCCGGAAAAAAAUCUCAAUAUCGUAUUCGUUUAGAAGAAAAACAAAAAUUGCGUUUUCAUUAUGGUCUUACAGAACGCCAAUUACUUAAAUAUGUUCGUAUCGCCGGAAAAGCUAAGGGGUCAACGGGUCAAGUUUUAUUACAAUUACUUGAAAUGCGUUUGGAUAACAUCCUUUUUCGGUUGGGUAUGGCUUUGACUAUUCCUCAAGCGCGCCAAUUAGUUAACCAUGGGCAUAUUUUAGUUAAUGGUCGUAUAGUUGAUAUACCAAGUUAUCGAUGCAAACCCCGAGAUAUUAUUACAGUGAAGGAUGAACAAAACUCUAGAACUUUGGUUCAAAAUCUUCUUGAGUCAUCUGCCCCCGAGGAAUUGCCAAACCAUCUGACUCUUCACACAUUCCAAUAUGAAGGGUUAGUCAAUCAAAUAAUAGAUAGGAAAUGCGUCGGUUUGAAAAUAAAUGAAUUGCUUGUCGUAGAAUAUUACUCUCGCCAGACUUAAAAAACCUAAGUGAAGUAAAAAAAAAUCACUAAAAACAAGAGUUCGGACAACUCCCCUUUGCCCGCUUUUUUGAUUAAAACUAAAAAGGGACAAGGUAAGGGAUUUUGUCGGGGAAUCUUUUUCCUAUUCAUGUAUCAUAGAUUGGUAGGGAGGUUUGGAUCCCUUGUUUGCUCUUCCCAGCAUUUUCCAUAGCAAAGAAAUGUAGAUUUUAUAUCUAGAAAAAUUGGAAGUAGAUAGAAUAUUUUUUUAUAAAAAACGAGUCCGCUUUUAUGUUAGUUCGUACUAUAAAAUUCCUUUGUUUGUGAGAAAAUUUUCUCACAAAAGAAAAGUUAAAGGAAAUAAAAAGAGUUAUAGAAUGGAUUACUACCUAUGCCAAGAUCGCGUAUAAAUGGAAAUUUUAUUGAUAAAACCUUUACAAUUGUAGCCGAUAUCUUAUUACGAGUCAUUCCGACAACUUCCGGAGAAAAAGAGGCAUUUACUUAUUACAGAGAUGGUGCGAUUUGAUUAUCAUUAUCAUUUUUUUCUAUUUCUCACCGAUUUGGAAUAGAAAAAAAUGAGUAUUGAAAAAAAUCUACGCUUUUGAAGGUGAAGUUUAUAAUAUAAAAAAGCAAUCCCUUCUGUCAUGUAUCCACGAUUAGUGCAGCCUUAGAUGCUUCAAUUAUGAAUUCUAGUAUUGAGCAAAAGGUUUUUUACCUACGGUUCCCGUAUUACAGAUCAAUCCUACUAGACUAAUACAAUAUACGAAUAGGAGGCACAGGGGAAGAAGCACUACGCCGAGAAAUCAACAACACGAAAACUUUCUUCAAAAAGAUUCCUUUUCUUUCUUCUUCUUUGGGAUUGGGACUAAUUAAAAUGGUUGGAACAAUAAACAUCCAUCUCGUCCGUACUUUGGAUACCCGUAUAACCAUUGAAGACUGUUGAAGUGACUAAUUCCUGGAAAUUUAGGGGCGUUGAGAACAAAGAAAUUGUUAGAGUUUCCUUUUUUAUUUUUAUCUAGUAUGAAUAUGAAUCCACUUGGUAGUAAGAAAAGAUCUUUUACAAGAAGGUUGGCUAGGGAUUUCUUGUAAAAACAUUAGCCCCGCUUAGUUCAUAAUGACAUCAAAUUUUUCCAUAUCCAUAUAUUUAUUAUUUUCAUUAUGCACCUAAAGGAGGAGCCGUAUGAGAUGAAAAUCUCACAUACGGUUCUGAAACGGAGAAUUCGUUAAAGCGAAUGACGACCGUAACGGAUGUCGGCUCAAUCUGAAGGAAAUUAUGCGGAAGCAUUACAGAAUUAUUAUGAAGCUAUGCGACUAGAAAUUGACCCCUAUGAUCGAAGUUAUAUACUCUAUAAUAUAGGCCUUAUCCACACAAGUAAUGGGGAACAUACCAAAGCUUUAGAAUAUUAUUUUCGGGCAUUAGAACGAAACCCCUUUUUACCACAAGCUUUUAAUAAUAUGGCUGUGAUCUGUCAUUACGUGCGACUAUCUCCACUAUAGAAAAAAAGAACGAACAGCUAGUCAAUGAAAUACUAGAAAAAAAAAAAGGCUUUCUACAUAAGCAUCGUCCAAAACGAUUUUUUAUCAGCUGUAGCAAAUAAAUAAACUUCAUGGAUCGAAAUAUGAAGUGAAGACUAGAUAUGCCUAAAUACUUUAUUUUCUAUGGAUAAAAAAAGAUUUAAUUGAUAGAGGAAGCACCGUAAAGAUCAACUGGAAAGGUUUUGGACCGAUACAACAAGAGCUGUUUAUUUAUAUCAUAAUAUGAGAUAAAUCUUAGAAAUCUACUUAUGUAAUAGAGUGGAUCCCCUAAGGUAUUGAGCAGCGGUGUAGCAUCAGAUCCUAAAGACAGUAAGUCUUUUUCUUUUUAUGAUAUGAAGUAUGAAAAAAAGUCUUUUUCAACGAUUCUAUAUAAAUUUAUAUAUGAAAGCGGGAUAGUUACCUUUCAGAAAAUUCUAAUAUCUAAUAACAGUGGACAUGCCUUUUUUUUCUGAAGGUAGGAGAAAAGAUAAAACUUAUUAUUAGAUUAAUUAAUAUAUUAAUUAAAUCAAAACGAAAGUUUGAAACUCAUGUAAUUACUCUCUUUUGUUUAAUCCAAGAAAAACCGAAUGAAUAUCUAUAAGAAAUCUCAUUCAAUUAGAUAUAAAGUUAAAGUAGGUUAAAGUGAAAAAAACUGGUACACCAAAACAAAAGAGUUGGUUGUCGAGCCGUAUGAGGUAGGAAACUCUCAAGUACGGUUCUCAGGGAGGGAAUUGACCCGCCUAUUCCGACCGUGGAGAACAGGCCAUUCAACAAGGAGAUUCUGAAAUGGCGGAGGCUUGGUUUGCUCAAGCCGCCGAGUAUUGGAAACAGGCUAUAACGCUUACUCCUGGUAAUUAUAUUGAAGCACAGAAUUGGUUGACGAUCACGAGGCGCUUCGAAUAAGAACUUUUUCUUUGUUUCUUUUUUUUUUAUUCUAUAAUAUAUCUUUAUUUGUUUUUACAAUUAAUUGUUUUUUAGUUUCUUGGCCCUCUCGGUCAAAUAAACCAGAUUCUUUUUUCUAUCAGAAGAACCAAUCCCAGAAAAAAAUUUCAUUAUAUCCUUUUCUCAAAUCGUUCUAUUUAAUCUGGUAUUCUCUAGGGAUAAGUAGUACAUGAAUAUGAGAAUAUCUAUAAUAUCUAUAUCUAGUUUUUUCUAUUUUUUUCUUUUCGACUAUUAAAACGAAUAAAAGGGAUUUGAAAAUGACUAAAUAUCAAUACUAGAAUGUUUCUUAGUAAUGACUAAUAAGCGGUUAUUGAAAUAGGAUAAUAUCCUCUAUUUAAAACAUAAAAAAUAGGCUAUAUUUCGGAACUUAUAAUUGAAAUAUGAAUACACUAGAUUAGGUUAUAAAAAAAAAUUAUUUGUGUACCAAUACUAAUGUAAAGGUGCGAAAACGCUUUUUAA